AUGGGCAAUAUCGGCCAUCUAAAUUGCGAACCAGGCACCCACUCUUCCAAGAGCAAACCAGACCCGAACCACUCAGAAGCAUCUCGCAUCGAGCGCGAUCUCUCCAGCGCUCCUCACCAAGUAGGCUACAUGGACGACGCAGAUCCCCCGAUGAUCCGAAGAGCAGCGGGAAGGAUACCGCACGUCUGCAUCGUUGGCGCCGGCGUCGCUGGCAUGCGAUGUGCGGACAUAUUGCUUCAUCAUGGCGCCAAAGUCACCAUUAUUGAAGGGCGCAAUCGCGUUGGCGGUCGAUUGUGCCAAAGUAAUGCCUUAGGCCAUGUGGUCGAUCUUGGCCCGAACUGGAUACACGGCACGGAGCACAAUCCCAUACUAGAUCUUGCGCGGCAAACAGGCACGCUGACGAUGAAUUGGGACGGUCGGCAGGCUAUUUUUGAUAGUGUGGGAAAGCAGAUGGAAGAGGGAGAGACAGCAAAGAAUGAAGAAGUCGUGUGGGAAAUCAUCGAGCAGGCGAUGAAAUACUCAAAUGCUGAGAGCGCGACGAUACCCGCUCAGAAGAGCCUGUUUAAUUUCUUCGAAGAAAAGGUGCAAGGCAUGUUUCCAGAUGACAAAGCAAAGCAAGAAACGAUACUACAGAUGGCGGAAAUGUGGGGCGCUUUCGUCGGCUCGCCAAUACAAACCCAGAGUCUCAAGUACUUCUGGCUUGAGGAAUGUAUUGACGGAGAGAAUUUGUUUGUCGCAGGUACGUAUGAGAAGAUCUUGAAGAAGAUUGCGGAAUCGGCGCGAAAGGCAGAUCUGCGUUUGGAGCACAAGGUUACGAAGAUUGUGUCACGUGAGGAGGAUCGACGUCCGAGGGUGUCUGUGGAGCUAGAGGGUCGACGAAGUGAGACGUUUGACGAGGUAGUCAUGACUGCACCGUUGGGCUGGCUGAAGAGAAACUUGGGCGCUUUUGAACCUGAGUUACCAGGUAGACUGAAAGAGGCGAUCGGUGCAAUUGGUUAUGGACACUUGGACAAGGGCGACAAGGAUAUUGAAGAGAUGCGGAAAGGACUGCCAGAGAAGGGCAUUUGGCUGGCUGGAGAGCAUACAGCGCCGUUUGUAGCAUUAGGUACAGUCACGGGAGCUUGGUGGGCCGGUGAAGGCGUGGCGAAGAGGAUUUCAAAAGCUUGGAGCUUGAAAGAGCCAGAGUAA